AUCAUUUUUUUAAGAAACAUCAAACUAAACAACAAAUUUGCAAUGAGCUUGUGGUUAUAUUCGGAUAUAGUUUGCUUUUGAGAGUUUAAAUAGCGUAUAGCUUGUUAAUAGUGAGCUAAAAUACCGUAUAAUCUCUUAGUAACGUAAUCACGCGACGGUUACGAUACACUCAUGCAACACAGAAACAGUCAUUCGGAUCAUAAUGUAGUUUCGUUAAACUGUCGUGUCUUUAUUUAGACAUUCAUGGAUCCUACAGUAUGACGAAACUCCACUUGCGUCCUAUGUUUUUAUUAAGCAGAACAGGUUUGCACGAACGCUAUGAGAUCCAGCAGCGCAGCUGUUUUCACAAGACAGAAUCCAUUUCCUCCGGAUCCCCGUUUGUCCAGGAGCCACUACAGUCCAUCAAGAUCCAAAAAAAUCCCAAAGCAACAAAAAAGACUGGCCUUGAGUCCUGUACGGUUUACUGAGCCACCCAGUCCUUCAGAUCCUCCCACUCAGGCGUCACCUUUGAGGACCGAGGACCAGGUCUGCCAUGAAAGAUCACGUAUUGUCCUGCUCUGCCCUCCUACUACUGAACGCCAGCUGAGCUACUCCGAGUCUUGGCCUUCUACUGACCUGAGUUGCUCUACAGACAACACUAACACUUCUGCCUGCUCUGAAGCUCAGAUGCAAGCCAUGAGAAGCAUGGUUGCGCCAACGACAAUUGAGGCAAAGGAACCCUCAGUUCUUGCAAAGUACAUUGAACGCUUCCGCUUUGGAAAGCCACAGAGUCGAGAAGAAAGACGCCUUCAGGCAACUGAGGGAGAAGAUGACCAGCCGUUUUGGUGGAUGCCCACAUCCCCUCCAUCCAGUUCAACACCAACACAACCAUCAGAGAAAUAUAUCAGAGAACCACUUGAUCUCAUGAACGAUGGCACCGCCAGCACCCAGAGAACCAUCUCAAAGCCACUGCAUGAUGAAACCACGCUGUCUCCAGCUAGACUCAUGCUUGACCUUAGCAUGCUGACAUUAUCUGAAUCAUCCCACUGUGAUCAAGAAGAACCAGAGAUACUGCAGCUACAGGAGCGGGCCAGCCGUUUACUGCAGAGGAGUGAGCAUUCACUCAGCAGUGGCUCUGUGCCUUUCAGUUCUGGGGGUCUGGGCUGCUCUGAUUUCUCUUCCCCCGUAAGCACUGAUGAGCCAGUCCGAAGACCAGUCGUGUCCACCUUAAUGGGCUUAACCAACAUGGUUCUAGAGCCAGGUUUGUGCGAGGGAACAUCUUUUCCUCGUCUUGUGGUUGGUUCUGAGGGGUCAGGUGUCUGUCGUGAAGAUGACAUCCUGUUUCAGUGGCGACUAAGAAGGAAGAUGGAACAGGCCAGACAAUGGUGUCAGGAGGCCCCUUCCCACAAUUCUGUUCUCCAUAUACCUCUAUCACACAGUGUCGGACCAAACCAGAAGGCACACUAUAGCACUUUAAACCGCACACCUCAUCAGAGAACAAACCUCUCAUUCACACCGUUCUCCCUCGCUAGCCUCGAUCCUCCAGUUCCUGAGUCUCCUCUCCCUAUGUCAAGCCCCAGCAUCUCCAGACUCCGGCCCGAUGUGACCCACGAGCAACCAGACCCCGAUAUCCAACCCAAACCCCUUCCCCAGCAGAGACUGUCCUCCAGGAAAGCUGUCACAAAGAAUCUGGAAACCCCUUGUGCCCAACCACAACAUCGCAAGCCAAUCAGAACACAAGUCAGCAUCCCAGAGACCACAGCAGAUCACAGCAGAACACAGAGGUCCUCUUCUCCAUCUCCACAGACUUCUGAUAGCACAGAGGAGCGGUGGCCAGCCCCUCAUCGUAAGAAAGACACAACAGGCAAAGAAAAGACUGAAAAUGAGAGACAGGAGAAGAAGAUUGCACCUUUACGCCAAAAGAAAACAUCUGAACGACAUGGUGGCGAGCGAGGGAGCAGUGCAAUGAGGGUCAGGUAUGCCAGGGUUCAUGAAGAGGUCAGUCGCAAACCUGAGGAGCUGAGUGGAAACAGUAGGUGGCAGGAAGAGGGUCAAAGGUCGACACGAGGAGGACGGUCUGGAAAUCAAGCACCACCACCCUCACCUAUACACAAUGCUCUGGGACAGGUUGUCUCUGAGGUGCUUUUUGCUGGUACAGACUCACCAAGCCAGUGCAAGACUCCAAGUUCUUCAGAUUCCCCAGUAUAUACCCCACCUCCACCCCCACAAUCCCCUGUGGCCUCUUGUUCCGGUGUGCAGCAACCCUUGGAGGUCAUAGGUCAGCUCAUGCAGGAUGCAGAAGACUCAGAUGGGCAGAAGUUCGAAGACGAUCCUUUGUUGCAAGUCCUCAGACAGCAGAGGAAAUGGGUGAAGGAACAACUUUGUGAGGUUGAUAAGAUGCUCCAGCAGCUAUGAAGCACCUGUUAUGAUGCGAUACAUUUCACAUUAUCAUGUUUAUUUUUGCUACUAAUUAUUUAUGCCAUUUUAUAUUGUGGAUUCAAACAUGUAUGACUGUAUUUCUAAAUAAAGACCUUUGCAAAUAAACAAGGGUGUUUCAUUAUGUUUAUUGAUAUUCAAUCUGUACAUCACACAAAUAUUAGAACUAAAUGAACACUUACAUAAUUAUGUCAUUUUGUAAAAAUAUGUACAAUCCUAACAUAACCUAUUAAGAUUAACUGAAUAAUCAGUGCAAUUUUGUGAAUAAGCAAGUGUGAUACAACACAAAAAUAAGUCAUUUCUGAAUGGUUCCCAUACUAAAUUCAGUUUCAGUAUGACUGUGGGUUUGGGAGAGGAGACCCUGUUAACGCGAGGACAAAUGUGUCGCUCUUACAGGCUGUAUGCUAAACUGACAGCAAGUGUGAAGAAAAUGUGAUACGAUCUUCUUGUUGGCUUGAAAUCAAGUAUGUUUGGAGUUGGCAUCUGAGUUGAGUAGUCCACCGCCACAAGGGGGAGUGAGAGGAAGCCAGUCUGUUUUGGUCUUUACCAUUGCCUUACAUGAGAAACCCAGAGGAUGGGAAUUUUAAGCGCCUUGCAUUAACAUGUCAAGAACUAAAACAGUGAAGAAGAGCAAAAAAA